AUGAAGAAUAGACUUUGCCAAGAACUUCAGAAUAUUGAAUACUCUAAAAUUGGUUACGUGGUUUCCAAAUUUCAUAAUGGUUACCAAGGUUGUAAAGGUCUUGAAAAAGUUGGAUACAAGAAUGAUUCUCUUGAAGGCCUUGAAGGUUUCCGAGUUUUUGAACAAACUAGAGGUUUUGAGGAUCGUAAAUAUAAUGUAAAAAUGGGUCCCGGAAAUUAUUAG